GGGCGGCGGCGCCGCUUCCGCGCGGAGGGAGCGGAGGGAUAUAGGAGCGGAGGAGCCGUGCUAAGUCCUCUUCCGGUUCUCCCUCAGAGCCGCCAUGACGAAGAAGAGGAGGAACAACGGGCGAGCCAAGAAGGGCCGCGGGCACGUGCAGCCCAUCCGCUGCACCAACUGCGCCCGCUGCGUGCCCAAGGACAAGGCCAUCAAGAAAUUCGUCAUCAGGAACAUCGUGGAGGCCGCCGCCGUCAGGGACAUCUCCGAGGCCAGCGUGUUCGAUUCCUACGUGCUGCCCAAGCUCUACGUGAAGCUGCAUUACUGCGUCAGCUGCGCCAUCCACAGCAAGGUGGUGCGGAACCGCUCGCGUGAGGCUCGCAAGGACAGGACCCCCCCGCCCCGCUUCCGCCCCGCCGGAGCAGCCCCCCGGCCCCCCCCCAAGCCCAUGUGAGGAGACCCCGGCCCGGCCCGGGACCCCCAGUGCAGUCAAUAAAGGAUCUGACCUGA